UCCUUGGAUCUUUAAAACCCCAUUUUACAGAGGUUGAUUUUGCAGCAACACUUAUUCGUUUUAGUUUUGUGCGCUUUGCUGUCUGUUUAUCCUGACGCAUCAAUUCAGUGCAUUUUCCAGCAGAGAUCGCAGGCUGGGACGAUGACGGCUCGAGUGUGUUUCUCGUUGACUGCUGUUUUUUUGUGUCUGUUCGGAUACUUGAGCAUAACUCAUGCUAUUCAAAGACGAACCACAGUGGACGGUUUCUGUCCGGCGAGGCUGACGGUCGUGCCGUCCCAUCGAGGGUGUUCCUCUGAUGAAGACUGCCCUGGAGGGCACAAAUGCUGUCGAUUUGACUGUGGGCCUGUUUGCGUGCUGCCCGUUUUCAUGAAGCCGGGUCAGUGUCCCAUACCGGAAAUGAUUCCACUGUGUGCUAAAAGCUGUUUCCAUGAUGGCCAGUGUCCUGACACACAGAAAUGUUGCCCAACCACCGGUGGCUUUGCAUGCAGUGAACCACGUGGUCAGGAAAGAGGUCAGGCAAGUUGUCAAGGAAGCGGCUCUGGUCAGGGCGCCGGACAGGGAAGCGGUUAUGGCCAGGGCGCCGGAGCGGGGACAGGGGUAGCGGCAUUGGUUUGGGCCAGGGAAGCGGUUAUGGCCAGGGAAGUGGCCAGGGAAGCGGUUAUGGCCAGGGUGCAGGAGCGGGACAGGGAAGCGGCAUUGGUUCGGGACAGGGAAGCGGUUAUGGCCAGGGAAGUGGCCGGGACAGGGUAG